AUUUUUAAUUCUGAAAAAUAUGAUAUAAAAAAAUGAAGAGUCGCGUUUAGAAAGAGCAAUUCCAUGGUGUCCAUUGCUCAACGAAAUGAAACUUAUCGACCAAAUAUCGGCUCACGGGACUUCAGUUUGUGAACACUUCGCCGGGCAUAACGGUGAAGAGCAUCCUCGAAUUAUUAUCUAGAGGCCAGCGCUCAAGUUGGAGUGGGUCUUCGGCUUUAUUUCCGCGAAAGUAGUUCGGCCUGGUUGCAUCUUAAAACUUUAGCAGUCUCUGCUAGCAAAAGACUACUUUAUCGAGAUGAAAAAUUCGGUGAAUAUCAAGCAAAACGACGACUCAUUGUUGAACGAUCUAAAUGAGUCAAAUUUACGUGAUGAUCGAAACGAGAUAUCGCCUAAAUUGACUUUUGAAAACGGUUCAGAUUUAUCGAUAUUGAAUAGUUCUUAUCAAAUUCCGGAUAUAUCAAAGAAAUAUAUUGAACCGAUAAUCCUCGAUACAUCACUACCGUAUAUUCCCGUUUAUAUUCAUUUAAAAACGUAUGAUUUAAAACCUAUCGAAAAGCCUCCAACUCCAUCUAUUUUAUCUGAAUUACGAUUAAGAUGUCAAGAUGACAAUCAAUCAACCGAAAGAAUAAAUCAAACUGCUUGGAAAAAUGAAACCGCGGCAAAGUGAAAAAAAUUUGAAAUUGAAAUAAAAUCUAAACAAUUAUUUUGUUAAUAUAUAG